CUCAUACAGAAAGAACACUGACCUCCAUGUCAACAUGGCCUAUUGACGCGAUCCAUAACACCUCUUCUGUUCAUAUGGACUAUGGUUUAGUCGGUGCUGCACAAUUACUGGAUCCUUACGGAACUCGUCGUUCUGAGACUAUCGAUCAGAAUAGAUGGACGUUUACGCGUUUUCCCUCUCCUACAGGAAUUGGAUUUGUUCCAACAAAAUAUAUAUGGAAAAUAUUACCUGGUGAUUCUACUUACCGCUUUCCAAAAAUCGAAAGUCUUUCAAGUGAAGCUACGUCGCUAGCGUUAAGUGCGAACGAUGCAAUCCGUGCGGACGGUAUUUUCCACUUUAUUCCCCAUGAAAUUCUUUAUCCUUUGAGCCGUGAAUCUCAUCUCAUAACAGAAGCGAGCAAAGUGUUUGACGCAUGGGUCAUCAAUACCUCGGCCAUUGGAGUCCUUCCUUCUACGCCUCAGAGUCGCUUUCUUCCUACACGAUGCUUUGCUUUUAUUCAAAAUCAACAGGAUGAAGGGAACCAUUUUCUCUACCUUUGCAAACCUUCUACUUGGAUGUUCCAGGCGACCUCGAAAUUACAGUCUGCCAUGGGUAUGGAGUCACAACCCUUUUCUUUGCAAGUUCCGACAUUUUAUCUACAUCCUUAUCCUUCAUGGAAAUUUCGGGAGCCAAUUUUGCAGGUUAUGUUUGGUCCUGAAGCAUCUGCGCUUCUUUAUGUUCGAACAGCUACUGAACUUGUUCUUUUCAAAAUCAGUUAUCACAUUCUUUUUCUUGAACAAGUUGAUUCUCCCACUUUUAUUUCCGCAAUUCCUCUUCGGUUUUUUUAUGCAAAGGAUGUUUAUGACUCCGAUGCAUUUGCCCAUAUGUCUUCGCAUCCCUCUGAUCCUUCCCUUUUUGGUACCAUAUCUACAUCUGGAGAUUGGAAAAUUUGGCAGAUACUAGAGGAUGGGUACCGUGAGUAUUUAUCAGGUACUUUCCAUGACACUUAUGAAGUUGCCUUAUCAAGUACUGAGGAAGCUAGCAAAAACGAUGAGAAACAUCAACAAGAACCAUCCAUUCCUUCAGGAUAUAUGUAUAGAAUAAUUUGGGAAUGCUUCUCCUUUGGAGUCCUACUUGCAAAUGAGGAGGCUGUUGUCCAUUUGCUUCCAUCGGAGCCUUCUACUCCACGUCUCUUGUACAAAUGCCAAGAAAGAUCGCGUAUUUUGCAAGUUUCAUCGGAGUUGCUGCCCGUGAGAUCUGAAUUUUUUCUGUUAACAACGGAUUCUGUCAUAUGGAUGGAUCUUCAGCAGCCCCUUCAGCCUCUAUUGGUUUGGAAACAUCAUCGUAACCGUGAUCCUACUCUUCGAAUGACAGUUUGUGCUACUUUUAUAGAAAAUAUUUACGUUUCUGUAUUUUCCCAAUUAAAUGGAAUUAUUCAGCAAUUUCACUUUUCCAAGGAUAGAACGCUUGCUGUUUCUUCUGGACCACCUUUUUUACUUUUAAAUAAUGUUGAAAUUCCUGUCCAUUCAUUACAUCUACAGCCAUGCUAUUUCAUUGAUGUCGAAAAUGAUCAGUCCCCCGAAGAGUCGUACUUUGACUCGCCGUUUUGGUCUGCAAUUGUACACCGAUCCGAUGGUUCUUUGACUAUGAAUUUGCUUUGUGAAAAAAGCUCCUCGGAAAUCUAUGAAUUACAAGAGGAGAAUGACUCGACUCGAUUUUUGGCAUCUCUGAAGUAUUUGAACCUAAAUGAUGAGGAAAAAUUAGACUUUGAGAACGGCGAAGAAGAAAUUGAUUUUUAUAAAGCUUAUAUUGUGCAUCCUUCCGUCAAAAAAUUACAAAAGUGGCUAACUUCUGAAGCAUACGGUCGAAAGUCAAUUUCCUUUAAUGACUUAUCCUCACGAUUACAAGGAGAUAUGCAAGUUAACCACCAUUUUCCAAGCAAGAUGAUAUUAACUUUAGCCGACUUAAUGCGGGACAAUAAAUUCUCUUCUCGCUUUGGAAGUCUGAAUGAUGUUGUGAGUUAUAUCAAAGGUACUGUCAUUCCUAAGUACUUACCAAACAUUUCGAAGCUCGAACUGCCGCUACGUCUUGGUGAUGAUUUGCAUGUUAAAGCACUUUCGAAUGAUUUAUCCGAGAUUUGGAUUAGCCCAUUAUCGUCAAAUACAAAUUUUAAGUCGACGAUGGAUUUACGGCUUAAUGCUGUAUAUCACAUCAUUAAUUGUGUUCUAAUGUCUUCAGUCGGAUUUACUGAAUUUCUUCCUUCUUCCGUUGCAGAUACAGACCUUGAGUCUUCUGAAAGUACAGAGCUAUCAUUCAUUUCACCUUUUCAAACGAAACAGCCUGUAAAACUUCAUGAGGAUGCGAGUCAAAUGCUUAAAGGAUGGAAUUUAGGGAAAAUCACUACCACAUACAACAUUGGUGACUCAGCUGUCGAUAUAUCUGAGCCAUUAACCAGUCAAACUCUUGACUUCAAUGAACCUUCAUUGUCAUCAUUCGUUCUUCCGUCUAGUCAGAUUGCCACGGUGCAUUCCGAAGAUGUGAUUCCACCGUCACAAUCGUCAUCCUUUCCUGAAUCUUCAAGUCAGGCUACCCCGAUUAUGUCUCAAGUCGUGACGGGUAAGUUUGGUGCAAGACCAAAAAAGAAGAAGAAAAGAAGUGGUUUUUAAAUUUUUUGGUCACCUCAAACAUUCAAGACUUGUAUAUUAGUUCUGGCAUAAAACUUAAAUUAUAUGAAAAUAAAUGAUGGUUCUCACUUGAAACGCAUACUAAAUUUUGCUAUGGUAUCUUAACAAUUAUUAGAC